AUGGGAAAUUUAAUAUUAAAAAAUGUGUUGGAAAGAGUAAAACAAUUAAAGUUUUACAGUGUUAUCUUCAACGAAACUACUGAUAUAUCAAAAAUAUCUCAGUUAGUCACUGUUAUUCGAUAUGUAUAUAAAAACGAAGUAUACGAAGAUUUUGUCGGGUUUUUCAUCAAGAAAACUAUAAAAAAUACUGUAGGGGAAGUAGAACCUAAAAUUACUGGUGAAAUUAUAGGAAAUUCAGUUUUAAGUAUUUUAGAUAAACUUGAUUUACCAUUUGAAAAGUGCGUUGGAAUUACAACAGAUGGAUGCUCUGUUAUGCUAUCCAAAAAAUGUGGAGCAGUUAAAACACUUGCAAAAAUGAAAAAUGCAAUCAAAUACACUUGUUUUAGUCAUGCCUUAAAUAUGUCGAUUAUGAAAGGAUGCAAAAUAAAAUUCAAAGUCAGAUUCGACGAAGAUUUAAUGUCAGUUUAUGAUCUAGACGUGGUGCUGCCCAACAUAAUUAAAAUAAAAUCUAUUUUUGAUGACAAAUGUAGAUUAAACAAUAAAAUAAAAAACGUAAUUAAUCAAUUCGGUGACUUAGUAGUUUGUGAAAUAAAUAUACCUAGAGAUAUUUUAGAAUCUACGUUGAUGGGUAAAUUUGAAGUUUGGCAUAAUAAUUGGUUGCAAGACGAACAAUUACCUUCAUCACAUUUAGAAGCUCUCAAACGGUGUGACCCGUACUGUUUUUCUGGAAUUUAUGUAUUAUUAAAAAUACUUAUCACGUUACCAGCUACAGGUGCGACAGCUGAACGGAAUUUUUCAUCAUUACAACGAAUCAAAACAUGGAUGAGGUCGAGAAUAUCAGAGGUACGACUAAAUGGACUGGCAUUAUUACACGAUCAUCGAGAUGUCGAGAUAAACCAUGAUGAUGUCAUUGACAUAUUUACUCAAUCAGCAAACAGAAUAUUGGA